GGUGCCGCCGCUGCCCAGCUGGCGAAGGCGGAGAGGCGCCCGCGAAGCCCCGGCCGCAGCGGCCCCAGCCCGGCAGCGCGGCGGCUCCCUCCCGGCGCCUUGGGCUCCCGGGUAUAUGUGUGCGCCUGGCCAUGUCGUAUCCUCAGGGUUACUUGUACCAGCCGUCAGCGUCCUUGGCUCUCUACUCCUGCCCGGCGUACAGCACCAGCGUGAUCUCCGGACCCAGGACCGAUGAACUUGGGAGAUCUUCUUCGGGCUCCGCUUUUUCCCCUUAUGCCGGAUCUACCGCCUUUACCGCCCCUUCCCCGGGUUACAACUCCCACCUCCAGUACGGCACCGACCCGGCCGCCGCCGCCGCCGCCGCCGCCUUCACUUCCUACGUGGGCUCGCCCUACGACCACACGCCGGGCAUGGCCGGCUCCCUGGGGUACCACCCCUACGCGGCGCCGCUUGGCUCCUACCCCUACGGGGACCCCGCGUACCGCAAGAACGCGACGCGGGAUGCCACGGCCACCCUCAAGGCCUGGCUCAACGAGCACCGGAAAAACCCCUACCCCACCAAGGGCGAGAAGAUCAUGCUGGCCAUCAUCACCAAAAUGACCCUCACCCAGGUCUCCACCUGGUUCGCCAACGCGCGGCGGCGGCUCAAAAAGGAGAACAAAAUGACCUGGACCCCGCGGAACCGCAGCGAGGACGAGGAGGAAGAGGAGAACAUCGACCUGGAGAAAAACGACGAGGACGAGCCCCAGAAACUGGAGGAGAAGGGGGACCCCGGGACGCCGGACGCAGGAGCGGCGGACGCCAAGGCCGCGCCGGGCUGCGAGCGCCUCCAGGAGUCCCCCGGCCCCCGGGAGGCCGAGGGCGGCCUCAGCGACUCGGAUUGCAAAGAGCCGGCGGAGGAGCGGCUCGACGGGCCGCCCGCCCCCGCCAAAGCGCCCGGCUCGUCCCCGCUGGGGCCCUGCCCGGCGGGCCGGGGGCUGCCGCCGGCGGGCGGCGAGGAGCCCCCGCCGUACCGCCCGCCUUCCACCGCCGCCGGGCCGCCGCACGCCGCCGACCUGCACCCGUUGCUUCCCGCCGCCACCGGCGCCUCCGUCAUCCACUCGCCGCAGCAGGCGGCCCUCGCCAAGCCCAAGCUGUGGUCGCUGGCCGAGAUCGCCACCUCGGCGGACAAGGCGAAGGAGGCCGGCGGCGAGGCGGCGCCCCCCGGCCCCGCCGUGCUGGGCGGCGGCGGCCCGUCCCGCUCGCCGCCGCGGCCGCGCUCGCCGGCGGCGCAGUGUCCUUUCCCCAACGGGGCGGUCCUGCCGCGGCCGCUCUACUACACGGCGCCCUUCUACCCCGGUUACACGAACUACGGCUCCUUCGGGGCCCUGCACGGGCACCCCGCCGGCGGCCCCGCCGCCGCCCCCGGCGCCCACUUCAAUGGAUUAAACCAGACUGUCCUCAGCAGAGCCGAGAGCCUGGCUAAAGACACUAAAAUGAUCAGGAGCCAGUCCCAAGUAGACCUUUGCAAAGACUCACCUUACGAACUGAAGAAAGGUAUGUCCAACAUUUAAUAUCGGCUUCUCCUACUUACCCCCACCCGGGACUGUGGUUUUGUUCUUUUUUCUUUUUUUUUUUUUUUUAUUUAUUGAGAGAAAUAAUAAAUUGCUUUGGCAGUUAUUUUUCCAGUACCAAAAGAAAAACUAAUCAAACAGAAAAAGACCAGCUCCCCCCUCCCCCCCCAGUACCCCCUUCAAAAGUUUAUAGUCAUUGGAAAUGGCUGGGUGGAAACCGCCCAGGAAUGUCUUAACCAAGUGAAAAGCGAACGAGUGACAUGCUCUCUCUCACACACACAAAGAAGAAAGAUUUGUAUUAAAUCUUAUUCUGUAUAUUUAAUGUAGCUUUUUGUAUUUAAAUUGAUAAUACAGUAUCUUUGAAGUAAAUUAUGAAAUCAAGACACCUGUACAGGCAUUAAUGUUGUUUUCGUAAUAUAAAUAUAUACAUUUCUGUGUCUUUUCCCGAAUUGUUUCAUAGUUUUAAAAUAUAUAUAUACAAGUUUAAUUUAAUUUUUUAUGCCUAUUGUUUUUUUUUUCCUUGGGUGUGAGCUAAACUAUAACGCAAAAAAAAGGAAAUAGGUUAUACUUAUUAGAUACAAAAAACUGCAGCCGCCUUUGUAAAACGCAAAUAUUUAAUUAAAAGAGAUUUUUAACAGAAUCAAAACCACUCUUUUUUUGCAA